AGCGAACACCCGGGGGCCGCGACGACGAGACAUCAUCACUCCGCGCAGCCUAAGUAGCAACAGUAGCGGCGGCGGCGGCGGCAGGAUGCUGAGCCGCCUGCAGGAGCUGCGGAAGGAGGAGGAGACGCUGCUGCGGGUCAAAGCGGCGCUGCACGACCAGCUCAACCGGCUCAAGGUGGAAGAGUUGGCCCUUCAGUCCAUGAUCAGCGCCAGAGAAGGAAACAUGACCAUACCUCCUGCUACUGAGAUGGAAGAGCAUCAAAACAUGGACAACGAAGCCGCCAUCAAUCAAACUAAAUUGCAGUUACAAAUGCACGUUGGUGAGGAGGAGGAGGAAGAGGAGGAGGAAUCUGAUUCAUGAAGCGAGGCACACAGCAGCCUUAUUAUCCCAGACUCAGGAACCCUCCCUGUCUGCCAUUCAAGAAAAUAUCAUCAGACUUUGCUUGGUGCUACAGCAACCAAACUACAUUUGUAAGCGCGGCCGGUUUCCCAAAGGCUUCCAGAGCCAGCGAUGAACUCUCCGAGAGGGGUGUUGGGAGAAUGCAAUGUUGAUGUAUCACUAUGUAGCAUGAUUCCCUCCUUGUACCAAGUAGCAUUUGGGAGGUGCAACGUGCAACUCCCAAAGCAAUAAUCUACCCAUGAAGGCAUCCAUUGCUGGUAAAAAUAGAUGGAAAGUCAUUAAGUCUAAUUGAAUGGCACUACCCAACCUCGUAAACUAUACAGAUUUAACAAAAGGAAGCAGUACUUCGGGACUCUUUGCCUAUAGCAUUUGCUGUGGUGUUCACGAGAAACAGCCACAGCUUAUAUAUAACACCCCUAGAUUCUAACUUCCUUUGGCCCAUUGUAUAAAGCUUCAGACCCUUUAUGAGUGGUCUACAAGUAAUCACGUGUGACAUUUUAAAGCGCUGGAGCUUUUCCUUCUGAAGGGGGCAUGCGGAAUAGUCGGAGGACUGUACUUGUGUACAAACUGGAGUGGAGACUGUUGAUCUUCCUAAAAUCAGAGCUUCCUUGCCAUCGAUGGGGUGCUCGAUUUUUUUUUUUACAAUUAUGUAGUUUGACUAGCACAAGCAUUACUGCAAUGAGCCUUCCUUCUAGAGUGUGUCCUUGGCUUCUACCUAAGGAUUUUUGAAGAGACGUUCUGCUACAAACAAUUCAUGUGCUGUUACCAAGAGUGGAAGCCUCCAGUUUGAAGACAGAGAAGCCAAGGAUGCCGAGUGCCUGUAGUGGCUGCCAGUCCUUGGAGCUGGAGAGCUCCUCCUCCCAGCCUCCCUUAGCUCUGUGUUGGUAAAGAAGACGCAGCUGCUGCUGCUACUUCCUGCUUCCGCUACUUCCUGCUUCCCAACCCAGCAGCCUUUCUUUUCUCUCCGUGAAGGAGGAGUGAAGUUUGUCUUGCUUCUGGAUGCUUUUCUUCCAUGUCUUCUCUGCCUCCAGGUGCUUUCCUCUCCUCGUUCUUUUUCCAACUGCAGGCAAAAAGGUGGGCUUAGAACGAGCGAGCGAGGCAAGCCUUUUGCCAUGAGAAUUUGCUCGGGGUUGUCUGCCCCGGGAGUCCUUUUUUUCAUGCAUCUGGGAUCCAGUCUCAGCAUCGCUCACGUGCCAGGUUACAGUAGAAUAGCAGAACAUCAGCCAAGGUGAUCCUAAGUGCUGCAGGAUGGGGCUGAACCCAGCUUUGUGUGUGUGAGCAGCUGGGUAUCCCUUUCUCUGUCACUGGCCCGGAGGUGAAAUGAAUAAUCACAUGCACCAAAAGUCAGUUUGCAGGGAUGUAGCAUUAUAAGUAUCCCCUGGAACACGUGGCCAGGGAAGAUUCUGAACAGAAGCUUUGUUUGCUGCACAUGUCCUACUUGGCUGAAAUACCAUAAGAACUAAGAAUGUCCUUGCUGGAUCAGGCCAACGGCCCAUAAGGUCCAGUAUCUUGUUCUCACAGUGGCUAGCCAGAUGCCCAUGAGAAAUCUGCAAGCAGGACCUGAGCGCAACAGCAGUCUUCCCCAUUUGUGCUUUCCAGCAAUUGGCAUUCAGAGGCAGGACGUGGCCAUCACGGCUAGUAGCCAUUGGCAGCCCUGUCCUCCUCCAUAAAUUUGUCUAUUCCUUUUUAAAAGGCAUCCAUGCUGGUGGCUGUUGCUACGUCUACCUUAACUGUACUGUGUGUGAAGAAGUUAGCUUGGUGCAUCAUGCUCCAUGCUCAACAGACUGAGGCAGGAAACAUGGAAGAAAGUCUACAAAUUGAAUAAGAGAGGAUGUGCCUUGAAGGAAGAGGAUGAGCAGGUCCCAGAUGGCAGGGCUGGAGAAGACCCCCCCCCCAUUUUUUUUUGGUCAAAUGCCUUGGAUCAGUCUCAGUACCAAUCAAUCACAAUUAAUAAUCCACUCCCUGAAGUAACUUCAUGACAUAUUUAUUAGUGUAAGAUGAAACAUCUGAAAGAAUAAAACAAUUAAAAGAAUUUUCAGACACCAAGUAUGCACAAUUUGUCAUAUCAAACAUCAGUUGACCUAGAAGGGAAAACAGUUCUGAUGUAUUUUUUUUUUUUAAUUAAAAAGCCGUUGAUUCUGUC